UUAACUUUUGUUUGAAGACAAUGAGGUAUCGCUGAGAUAUGCAAAACACCUAUGACUCGGAAUUUGAGGGAGUAAAGACGGAGAACAACGAGCACAUCAACCUGAAGGUGGCAGGACAGGAUGGCUCAGUGGUGCAGUUUAAGAUCAAAAGGCACACUCCUCUCAGCAAACUGAUGAAAGCUUAUUGUGAACGGCAGGGGCUGUCAAUGAGGCAAAUACGAUUUCGAUUUGACGGUCAGCCCAUCAAUGAAACAGACACACCUUCUCAGCUAGAAAUGGAGGAUGAAGAUACAAUCGACGUGUUCCAACAGCAAACUGGAGGCUCGCCUCUUUAAAGGCUGUUUCCUAUGAACAUCCCUACCUCCCCCUUUCGUCCCUGAACAUCUUUGUUAUACCCAGUCUUCAAAUGCUCAUGACCAGUGUUGAUACGAUCCAGUGGAAUAUUUACACAAAAUACUCAAAGGCAGCAUCACAGCUAGUGUUGAGUUUGAUUACACUGCCAUGUUACGUGACAUAUUAACAUGUCUGAACAGCGCAGUGCAGACAAUAUGUAGGCUGCAGUCAGUCUAACGUGCCGAAGAAGUGAAAAACUGUUUUUGUUUGAGUUGUUUGUUUUUUUUGUUUUUAAUUUGGGAAGAGAGAACGCUUGGUCCUGCUUUUGCUUUUAUACUUACAAAGGCUUUGAUUAAA